GACACUUCCGGUCUGAACAUCACGCAUAGUUCACGUCACUGCAAUUCUUCUCCCAAAUUCUUCAUCUCUCGCCAUCGCCGGAGCAAAACACUUCAAUUUUCUCUCCGACAACACGUUCUCUUCCCGGCGAGUCCUCCACCACCCUGUAAUUUUCCCUUCUCACAAUCUCUCUUCAUCUCAAUACUCCCAGAAACUAGGAAUUUCCACGCUCUUCAAUUUCUCAUCUGACUGCACACGAACCAUCGUUUACGCUUCGGCUGAACGUGACAACAACCUUGAUUUGGGUUUAAACUGCUUUAAAGAAUCUGGGGUCUCGAAAUUUGAUAACUUUUGUCGAAUGACAAGUGGUGUUGCUUAUUUUAUUGCGAUUUGGGCAUCUGGGUCGGUGAGAUUGGCUGCUGUAGCGGAAAAAGCUUGAAACUUGGUGUUUUGAUUCGCUUUAGGCAAAUUUUGUGGGAGAAGGUUUUGGACUGUUUGUGAGUGAGUGAGUUUGCACUUUGCAGGGUCGGCGUCAUGUUCUAUGGUGCAGUGGUAUGGGACCCUUGGCUUAUUGUUGCUCAAAUUGUUUGUCUGCAAUGCAUGUACUAUAUCACAUUGGGAUUGUUGUUGUCAUUACUUGUUGGAACUCGCGUAUCGCGGAUGAGCCUCGUGUAUUUCUUUGACUAUGUUACAAUCUCUACAUCUACGGUUACUGGUUGGUCUGUUGUUGCUUCAUUUUUGCUCAGUUCAGUUGCAGGGGCUGUAUAUAUGCUGUAUUUGAUUGAAAGAGCAAAGAAGUGCUUGGAUUUUUCGGCCACUCUCUACAUCAUCCAUCUGUUUCUAUGCAUUGUGUACGGGGGUUGGCCUUCUGCUAUAACGUGGUGGAUUGUGAAUGGUACUGGAAUUGCAGUGAUGGCUUUGCUAGGUGAAUAUUUGUGUAUCAGGCGGGAACUCCAGGAGAUACCAAUAACACGAUUACGUUCAAAUGUUUGAUUGGUAGAACUCAAGUGUUGCAUUGAAGAAGGGAGUUGUGCCUCAGGAUGGUAACAACUUUUGUUUCUAUAUAUUGGAUGAUCUUCAAGAUAAAGCCCAUGAACUUCAUAAAGUACAUAGUUCUGCUAUGCCAUUGAAAGACCUACAUUUCCUUUCUAUUGGUUAGUUGCAAUAGAGUAAAACAUAGAUAAUCAGACGAGACUAGGUACAUGAUUGUUCAGAAGAUUCUGAAAGUCUUAGUGUAAGUGAUUCUAUUUCGUUUUUAACUCUCCAAGUGUUUUUGGUUAAGAUGAUGCAUUUAGUUGAUUGAGCUUCUAUUCUUUUUUACCCUUUUUGCGAGUUCUUGGAUCUGUAAAAUCUUGGAAAUAUAUAUUAGUUCUAUGGCACUACCUUUUAUUGGAUUGUUAACCUCAGUCAGAUUUUUAUUUCAACUUCUUUUGAUUGAUAA